AUGGCGGGUGGCCUCUCCCUGCCGAUGACAGCUUCGUAUGCUGCAUGGCUUGACUUCCGGUCUCCCGAAGACGAUGAGUCUGGCUGCUGGCAGCGGCGAUGGGCCGUUCUGUCCCAGGGCUUCCUGUCGUUGUUCCCGGACGACACGUGCACGCGUGCCACCGGCAGGCUUCGUCUUCCGGCCACAGCCCGGGCCCUGGCUUUCGGCGAUCCGCGGAGUCCCGGCAGAGCCGCGAAGCUCCGCGGCCACCGGCCCUGCGGUCUGCUUUUGGAGCUGAACCCAUUAGAGGCGGAGGACGCCGGCGAGCUGCCUUGCGGGGAGUUUCGGCAGCUGCUCCUUUUCGAUGCCUUAGAGUCGGCUGCUCUCAAGGUCUGGCUCGAAAAGCUGAACUCCGCAUCGGGGCAGGCCCGCCAGAGCCUCACAGAAUUUGGCGCAUUGCCGGGCGCAGUGCCUUUCGAUGUGUCGCCGGCCGGCUACCAGUCGCCGCAGAGGGGCCGCUUUUUCCAGAGCGGGGCGAAUGAGAACAACGCCUUCGACAUUGAUGAUUUUAGUGACUACGAGGAUGAUCGGCAUGCGCGGGAGUCGUCGCUGCCGGCACUGGAUGAGAAAGAUUGGACAUCGCCCACGAACCACCCGAAGAGUCGACCCCGACGCAGGAGUGGUAGCAGGGAGGAUCUGCGUGAGGCGAAGCCGCGUGAAGCAGGCGCGACUGCAGAGAGCGGCGAGGGCGCCACGCAGGCCCCAAGCGCCUGCGUCGAG